AUGCUCAGACCAGCCAUCAAGACAAAGACCGCAAGUGCCCCGGCCCACAGCUUCAGAAAGACGGGGGCCGAGUCUCCUCGAGUGGGCCCACUCCCAGAGCAGGGAGUCUCACUUGAGGAUGGAGUCCCCAGGGCGUCCCCAGCGAGAUCCGGGUCCCUCCGCAUCGCCCCCACCCUGAGCCCAGCACCGGUCCCGCCAGCCCCUCCCGGGCCCCCGCGCAGCAGGCCCGCGUCCUGUGCGUGCAGAUUCCAGCGUACCCAGGAACUGCCACGUCGUCCAGACUGGACCCCAAGACCCCCGGCCCGCGAUCCCAGACGAAUCCUGAUACCCACCCGGGUCCCGCCGCGAGGGCUGGACACGCGCCGGCUCCGGGAGCCACCAACGCUGCCGCCGCCACUGCCACCGCCGCCGCUAGCGAGGCGCGGCGGGGAGGGGAUGGAGAGGCGGUCCCGACUCCGCUCCGCCCCCGCUCCGCCCCCGCUCCGCCUCGCUCCGCCCCGAAGCCCAGCCCUACUCAGCCCAGAACGCCACGCCACACCCAGACUCCAACCUCAGGGUCCCGCGAGUCCAGCGACCUCUGCUCAGGGCUCUCUGCUGACUCCCUCUGCAGGUCUCGCCGCCGCACGCCCGGUGCCCGGAACCCUGCCCUGGAUGGGAGCUCUGCGCCCUCGGUCCCGCAGGCAGGGCCUCUCUGUGACCAUGUAUGCUAUCAUCCCCUGA